AUGAUGCCUCUUCGACUUUCAACAACGCUUCUUUUGGUGGCAUCGCUCGUUCAAGGAGCUUUCUCUUUCAGCACGCCUCAUGCUAGAUUGGCCGCCCGAUUGGCAUCACCAUCAGCACAUCCUUCACUCGUUCUAUACAUGUCUGAUGGCGGCGAAGAUGCAGCAGCAGCAGAAGAUGUUCCGCCACCAAAACCAGGCAAAGAACCGGUGGAUCCCAUGCCACCCGCCCAAAUGAUGAAGACUCCACCGUCGCCACCACCCAAACGUUUGGAUCCACUCUUGGCCAGUCUGACACGGGUAGAUCCCAACGCAUCCAGUAGUAGUGCCGAAACACCCACCACCAAGAUCCCACUCUUGGGAGAAGUUACCAUGGACAAGAGUCUCUUUGUGGUGCUGCCAACGGUGGCCUUUGCGGUGCUAGGAUUUCUGUUGACAUUUGUGGUAGCCUACAAUUCACGGGAUGUCUUUGUCAAUUCCAUUGAUGCAUGGAAUGAUUCUGUAAUGAAUCCACCCAGCAAAGUGAUUGACCCAAAUGAAUGCCGAGGGCUCUGCAGUACCCAGGAGCAAGAUUUGGAGGGACUCAAGAGCUUUAUGAACGGCUUGGGUGGCCAGAAAAAAUAA